CGGCUUCGAUUUCCAGUUGAAGUAAUCAACACACAAUCCGCGACAAAUGGAUACAGUGUGUAUGCCACUUUCCAACUUUCCAUCAUGGACACCACCAGCUUGGCGGAAUUCAAGCUCAUCUCGGCGGUCGCGAUCUGGCUCCUCGCGCUUGGUGGCGGCAUGUUUCCCAUCUACGUUCUCCAGAUGAACGCCAAAGUGACAAGUACUCUGAACAUGGCGGCUGCAGGCAUCUUCCUCUCGGCAUCCCUUGUGCACAUGCUCCCCGAUGCAGCAAAGAAUGCUCCGCUCCUCGAGUUGGGGUGCACCCAAUUCAUGUGCUUCCCGUAUGCGUUUAUCAUUUUCGCCGUUGGCUUUCUUCUCAUCUUGCUCAUCGAAUCCAUGGCCCACGCCCUUCAGGAACGGCUCCACGGAUCGGCCGACGAACGUUUGCCGCUGCUUGUGAACGCCCCCCACAUCGCCCACGACCCCGCCGACCCAUGCGUGAAGGUCGAGGUCACCCACGCGCACAUGCAUGGACUCAUCGACACGUCUUCGAAUCCGUUUCUCGCCAUCGUCGUGUUUGCAGCGUUGUCGUUUCAUUCCCUUGUGGAAGGCCUGGGCAUCGGUGCCGCCACGUCCACGAACGCAUGGCAAAUCUUCUUUGCCAUCGUAGCACACAAAGCGUUGGCGGCGAUGGCACUUUCCCUCGAACUGGUGAAGCACCAAGUGCAGCGGCCCCGGCUGAUCGGGAGCCUCUUCGUGUUUGCUUCCAUGACGCCGUUGGGGGUCAUGCUGGGCGCGGCGCUGGCUGGCGACGACCCGAGCGACAGUCUGGCCGGUGGGGUAUGCACGGCGUUGGCUGGAGGCACGUUCUUGUACGUGGGGGCGAUGGAGAUCAUCCCACAGGAGCUGCACGACCGCCGCCAUCUCCUGCAAAAGUGCGCCGCGAUGGUCGGUGCCUUUGGUGCGUUCAGUUUGCUCGCGUUGUGGGUCUAGUCGAUAGUAGCUAUGUAUACUAUUUCAUGUAAUUUAAGUCAACUACGUAUUUCUAGUACA